AUGCCCGGCGUCGUCGACGGUAACCAGAUCCCCGGGCGUCUUCUGCUCGUCUCAAAUCGCCUGCCCAUCACCAUCAAACGAACCGAGGAUGGCCAGUACAGCUUCUCCAUGUCCUCGGGAGGUCUCGUCACCGGCCUGAGCGGUCUCUCAAAAACCACCACCUUCGAAUGGUACGGCUGGCCUGGCCUAGAGGUCCCUGACAAUGAGGCCGGCCCUAUGAUUGAUCAGCUAAAGAAGGAAUAUAAUGCUCAUCCCGUCUUUGUGGACGACGACCUCGCCGACAAGCACUACAAUGGAUUCUCUAACUCCAUCCUCUGGCCGCUCUUCCACUACCACCCCGGUGAGAUCACAUUCGACGAGUCCGCGUGGGCUGCCUACCGCGAGGUCAACAGACUGUUCGCCAAGACGGUCAUCCAGGAUGUGCAGGACGGAGACAUGAUCUGGGUACACGACUACCAUCUGAUGCUCCUUCCCGAGAUGUUGCGCGAGGAGAUCGGAAACACCAAGAAGGAUGUCAAGAUUGGCUUCUUCCUGCACACACCGUUCCCCAGCUCCGAAAUAUACCGUAUCCUGCCCGUCAGAGAAGCUCUUCUGCUCGGCGUCUUGCACUGCGACCUGAUUGGAUUCCACACCUACGACUACGCCAGGCAUUUCCUGAGCAGCUGCUCACGCAUACUAUCAACUCCUACUACACCCAACGGUGUCGACUUCAACGGAAAUUUCGUGACAGUCGGCGCCUUCCCGAUCGGUAUUGACCCGGACAAAUUCGUCGAAGGGCUCAAGAAGCCCACCGUGCAGAAGCGCAUCGAGGCGCUCACCAAAAAGUUUGAUGGGGUGAAACUGAUCGUCGGCGUCGAUCGUCUGGACUACAUCAAGGGCGUGCCGCAGAAGCUGCACGCGCUCGAGGUCUUCCUGACGGAGCACCCAGAGUGGAUCGGCAAGAUUGUGCUCGUGCAGGUGGCGGUGCCGUCGCGCCAGGACGUGGAGGAGUACCAGAACCUGCGGGCGGUGGUGAACGAGCUGGUCGGGCGGAUCAACGGCAAGUUCGGGACGAUCGAGUUCAUGCCGAUCCACUUCCUGCACCAGAGCGUGUCGUUCGACGAGCUGACGGCGCUGUACGCCGUGUCGGACGUGUGCCUGGUCUCGUCGACGCGCGACGGCAUGAACCUCGUCUCGUACGAGUACAUCGCCACGCAGCGCGAGCGCCACGGCGUCAUGAUCCUGUCCGAGUUCACCGGCGCCGCGCAGUCGCUCAACGGCUCCCUCAUCGUCAACCCCUGGAACACCGAGGACAUGGCCAACGCCAUCCACGACGCCGUCACCAUGAGCCCCGAGCAGCGCGAGGCCAACUUCCGCAAGCUCGAGCGCUACGUCUUCAAGUACACCAGCGCCUGGUGGGGCCAGAGCUUCGUCACCGAGCUCACCCGCCUCAACCCCCAGGCCGAGAGCGGCAGCAAGAUCGCCCUGCGCAACGUCGGCGGCGCCAUCAGCGGCGCCGUCAAGAGCGCCGUCGACGCGGUCACGGGCGGGUCCGCCGCCGCCGAGGAGAAGAAGGAGGGCGAGGAGGCCAACAAGAACGAGAUGGCUGCGGCAUAG